UUUGUUUUUCACUACCAAAAAAACCAUUCGGUUCGUUGUUUCUUGUUUCUUAGUGUGUUUUUGAAAGACGUUUGAAUCUUUCAGAUUUUCUCUGACGUUAAAAGCUAGAAACAAUGUCUGAAAAGGUGGGAGCGAUAGGUGGUCACAAGGGAGGAGCAUUCGAUGAUGGCGUUUUUGAUGGAGUUAAGAAAGUAAUUGUUGGAAAAGAUUUUCGCACGGUAACAUAUAUCAAGAUCGAAUACGAAAAUGAUGGAAAAUUUGAAAUCCAUGAACACGGGACAAACGGUGGGCAACUAGAAGAGUUUUCAGUAGAUUAUCCAAGUGAAUAUAUCAUAGCUGUUGGUGGAAGCUACGAUAAUAUUUUCAUUUAUGGGUCAACAUUGAUCAAAUCUUUACUCUUCAAAACCUCUUAUGGAAGAAUAUCUCCGAUACUUGGUCAUACAACGUUAUUAGGAAAUCCAGCAGGGAAAGAAUUCAUGCUCGAAGGUAAAAAUGGAGGAAAACUUAUUGGGUUCCAUGGACGUUCUGGUCAAGCUCUUGAUGCCAUUGGAGCACACUUCGCUGCUGUGGAUUCGUCUCUUAAGACAUUUAAACUUCAAGGUGGGAAUGGAGGUUUUGCUUGGGACGAUGGCGCUUUUGAUGGUGUUAGAAAAGUGCUUAUUGGACGAAAUGGUAAGAACGUGGGUUAUGUCAGGUUUGAGUAUGCGAAAGGCCAAAUAAAGGUACCGCAUGCUCAUGGGAACAAACAAGAAGCUCCACAAGAGUUUGUGGUGGAUUAUCCUAAUGAACAUAUUACAUCAGUGGAGGGAACAAUCGAUGGUUACCUUAGGUCACUUAUGUUUAAGACAUCAAAAGGAAGAACCUCCCCUCCUUUUGGGACUUUGCUUGGUAGUAAAUUUGUGUUCGAGGAAACAGGUUUUAAACUUGUUGGGUUUUAUGGUCGGUCUGGUAAUGUUAUUGAUGCUCUUGGUGCACAUUUUGCCCCUCUUCCCACCGUUCCCGCUCUCGUUCCAGUUCAUGCUCCCACUCCCAUUGGAAGCACUGGCGGGACAGGAUCUCACAUAGGAGGAAGCAGAUUGGACACAUGUUCAGAUGGAACCCAAAAGAUGGAAGCACAAGGAGGUAAGGGGAGCAAUCAAUGGGACGAUGGAUCAGAUCACGACGAUGUAACAAAGAUAUAUGUUGCAGCUGGUGGUUUAGGAAUCGAGAACAUUAAGUUCGAUUAUGUUAAGAGCGGAGAGAGAAAGGAAGGAAUUUUCCAUGGUGUGAAAGCUAGUAGAGCUGUCGUUUCUACGAUCGGGAUAGGCCAUCCCAAGCAGUAUCUCGUUUCUGUAGAGGGUUGGUAUGACUCCUCUAAUAUCAUUCAAGGAAUCAAGUUUCAAACCAACAACUAUACUUCUGUUUUCAUUGGAUAUGAGUUUUCUGGAGAUGGUACACAAUUUUCAUUUCAAGUUAAAGACAAGAAGAUCAUCGGUUUCCAUGGUUUUGUCGGCUCUCAUCUCAAUUCUCUUGGAGCUUAUUUCGGUCCAACCUCAUCCUCUUCUUCCUCCUUGACUCCUACUCUCAACAAACUUGAAGCGCAAGGAGGAAAUGGUGGAGAAACAUUUGACGAUGGUGCUUUCGAUAAUGUAAGAAAGGUUUAUGUUGGUCAAGGUGAUUCCGGUGUUGCUUAUAUCAAGUUUGAAUACGAAACAAAUGGCAAAAGAGAAACACACGAACACGGAAAAAUAACAUUGCUAGGAACAGAAGAGUUUGAGGUUGAUUCGGAUGACUACAUCACAUCGGUUGAGUUUUACUAUGAGAAAGUCUUUGGCACACAAACUGAUAUCAUAACAUCUCUUAUUUUCAAAACAUUCAAAGGCAUUACCUCUCAGCCUUUUGGAAAGGUUUCCGGAAACAAAUCUAUACUCGAAGGAGGCAAAAUCGUUGGGUUUCAUGGACGAGCAAGCAAUGUUAUCCAUUCUUUAGGAGCAUAUAUAUCUCCCUCGGUGACAUCUUCUACUCCGGCAACUCCUAAGUCCUUUAAACUUCCAGCACAAGGCGGAAACGGAGGAGUUUUUUGGGACGAUGGUGCUCAUGAUCAUGUGAGAAAAGUUUACGUAGGACAAGGCGAUUCUGGUGUGGCCUUUAUCAAGUUUGAAUACAAUAAAGGAUCAGAGUUUCUCGCUGGAGAUGGUCACGGGAAAAAGUCAUUGCUCGGAACAGAGGAGUUUGUGAUCGAUCGAGAUGAUUACAUUACAUCUGUGAAAGUUUACUACGAGAAACUCUUUGGCUUGGAGACAGAAAUUAUAACGGCUCUUAUAUUUAAGACAUUCAAGGGAAUAACCUCUCAGCGGUUUGGAAUGACGUCAGGUGAUUUCUUCUUGCUCGAAGGCGGAAAAAUUACCGGCUUUCAUGGAAGUUUGAGCGACGUUCUUCAUUCUAUGGGAGCUUAUAUGUCUCUUUCGCCUACUCCGAUGUUGCGUGGCAAGUGGAUCCAGGUGGAGCAAAAGUCAAAUGGACCUGGACCAAGAUGCUCGCACGCUAUAGCAAUGGUUGGAGACAAAAUGUACUCUUUUGGAGGAGAGUUAACGCCAAAUUUUCACAUCGAUCAACAUUUAUACGUCUUCAAUUUCAAGACUCACACAUGGUCACUUGCUCCUCCUAAUGGCGAUGUUCCUGACCUCCCUUGCUUAGGCGUUUGCAUGGUAGCCAUCGGCACUAACCUCUACGUCUUUGGUGGUCGCGAUGGCCACCGUACCUACAGCGGUUUCUACUCUUACGACACUGUUAAAAGCGAGUGGAAACUCAUAACUCACGUUGAUAAAGGACCAGCACCCCAUAGCUUCCAUGCAAUGGCUACUGAUGACAAGAAUGUCUAUGUCUUUGGUGGAGUGAGUACUACAGCACGGGUCAAUACACUUCAUGCUUAUAGCAUUGUUGAUCAAAAAUGGAUUCAGCUUCCGAAUCCUGGAGAGGUUUGCAAAGCGAGAGGAGGACCAGGGCUCGCAGUUGUGCAGGGAAAGAUUUGGGUUGUGUAUGGAUUUAACGUCGAUGAACUGGAUGAUGUUCAUUGCUAUGACCCUGUUGAAGGUAAGUGGAUUAAAGUGGAAACAAGUGGUGAAAAGCCAUGGGGGAGGAGCGUAUUUUCGAUAGCAGUUUUGGGGAAAUAUAUUGUUAUAUCUGGAGGUGAGAUUGAUAUGGACCCAAAGGCUCAUUUGGGGCCGGGGAAAUUGACCAGUGGGACUUUCUUGUUGAACACGGAAAAUUUAACGUGGGAGAAGCUGGAAGAAGGUCAUAGUCUCCGUGGAUGGUCCGCGUCCACGACUGCCUGCAUUGAUGGAAAGAAAGGUUUGUUGAUAUAUGGAGGGAAGUCUCCAACCAAUGGUCGUUAUGAUGACGUCUUUUUCUAUGGUGUAGACUCUGCUUAAGACCGCUUAGUGUUGGUGAGUUUGUGAAUUGUGAGUUUUCACAAGUGUGGUAUGUUGCAAUCAAAUUAAGGAGGGAUUUGGUUUGGAGACUUUUGCUUGGUUUGUCUACAUUUUGUCUGUAGUUUG